CAGAAAAAUAGAAGAAAGAAAACAGAAGAGAAAAAGCGGACGAUAAUACCAUUAGACAAGAAAAGGUGUUUGAUAGCGAGAGAGAAAAGAAAGCAUAGAGAAAAAAAGCAAAACAGGGAGAUGAGAGGGGUCUCUAAUGGGAGAUCAAUUCCCUUUCUUCUCUUCUUCCUUUCGUUGUCUCAUCAAUUCAUCACAGGCUUUUCAGACGAUUCUUUAAAUCCCAAAAAUGGAACAAAAGUUGAUACUCAUGCUGCAUCCAGCAGUAACACUGGGUCAACUGUACUCAUUGUAUGCCUUGCCCUUGUGGCAGUAGUGCUUCUGUCAUUUUUCCUUUUCAAGUUUUGGCAAAAGAAGAAGCGUGAAGAGCAGUAUGCUCGUCUGCUAAAGUUGUUCGAAGAAGAUGAUGAGCUUGAGCUUGAGCUGGGUCUUCGGGAUUAAAUUUGUGUCAGAUGUUAACAAUCAAUGUAUUGAGAUGUAAGUAAUAUCUUAAAUCCAGAUUCUUGAUUCAAUGAUGACAAUGGGUUGGAUUGAUUCCAGAAUAUUGACAUAAAUCAAGAGAAAUCUUCAUUUCACAAUUUGUAGAAAUAUGUAUCAGUGUUAGCAGAACCAAAACUAUCAUGCAUUCUGUUUUUUGGGUACAGCGAUCGAUGGAUAACAGAUAUUGCCAAACGUCACCCUCCAAAAUGAGGAUUGUAACUCAUCCGUCACAAUUUCACUCUGUAAUAGUUGUGUAGUAGGUGUUUGCAGCUUGUUAGAUUGCUUUAAAAUUGAGGAAUAAUUUUAAUCAAAGCUCAAAUGAGCUAAACUGUACUUCAAGUUGUGCAAAUUUGCUUUUGUACCCCCUGAUGUA